ACAUUUAUUUAAUUCGGAAGUGAUAACUAUACGAAAAGCAACUAUGAAAGUUGCAUAUGGUGUUUUGGCCAUAAUAUUGCUGGCGUUCAGCAAUAAUUUUACCUCUGGUUAUGUGGUAGUAACAAAUGAGAACUUAAACGAGGAUUUAGUUCAAACGAUUCAAGCCUGGAAUCUAUUAUUCGAUGCAAUUUUUAAAAGUUACAAUAUAGAGCAACAUUUUCAAUUACCCCAAGAUGCUCCCAUUGAUUUGGAAAAUUUCGAAUGUUUCUUGCAAUACAAAUUAAGAAAUAUUGAGGCAUUAACCCAAGUUGGUCAAGAAAUCCGACAAUGUUUAGAUGUUUCCAUUUGGGAUUUGCAACAUUAUUUUAAACGUCAUUCUUUUAAGCGUUUAAGAAAACAUUUAUCACAUGAUAUUGUUCGUUGCAAGACUAAAUAUGAAGAUGAUGAUGAUGCCUAUUUGGAUUGUUUUGUGGAUGUUGUUCUUAAAAGUUUUAAGGAUUUAAAACGGGAAGAUCAACAUGUUAACAAGAAAACGAAAAAGUGUGUUCGUUUCGAAUUGACAAAAUUGUCGAAUGAGUUAAUUGUUGUAAAUGAGAAACUACAAACUUGUUUGGCGGAGAACUCUUAUCCUCCUUAUGUUGUGAAUUCUACAGUUACUCCUCAAUUGAAUACUACUUUGAAUCCUUGGCAAAAUGGCACCUGGAAUCCCUGGCAAAAUUCUACUUGGGCUCCUUGGCAAAAUUCUACUUGGAACCCUUGGCAGAAUAGUACCGCUGUACCUCCAAUUGUUAAUAGCACUUGGAGUCCCUGGCCAAAUACGACAUGGAAUCCUUGGCCCAAUACCACAUGGAGUCCCUGGCCGAAUUCAACUUGGAAUCCUUGGCCUAAUACUACGUGGAAUCCUUGGCCUAAUACCACGUGGAAUCCUUGGCCCAAUAGCACAUGGAAUCCCUGGCCCAAUACAACAUGGAGUCCUUGGCCAAAUACAACGUGGAACCCCUUGCCCAACAGCACAUGGAAUCCCUGGCCCAAUACAACAUGGAGUCCAUGGCCCAAUACAACAUGGAGUCCCUGGCCUAAUUCCACUUGGAAUCCUUGGGAAAAUAGUACCGCAAUACCACCUAUUGUAAAUACAACUUGGAGUCCCUGGCCCAAUACAACAUGGAAUCCAUGGCCUAAUACUACAUGGAAUCCCUGGCCCAAUACAACAUGGAAUCCCUGGCCCAAUAGCACAUGGAAUCCCUGGCCCAAUACAACAUGGAGUCCUUGGCCUAAUUCUACUUGGAAUCCUUGGGAAAACAGCACCGCAAUUCCUCCCAUUGUCAACACAACAUGGAGCCCUUGGCCCAAUACUACUUGGAGCCCAUGGCCUAAUACAACCUGGAACCCCUGGCCUAAUACAACCUGGAGCCCCUGGCCUAAUACAACCUGGAGCCCCUGGCCUAAUACAACAUGGAGCCCCUGGCCUAAUACAACAUGGAGCCCCUGGCCCAAUACAACAUGGAAUCCCUGGCCUAAUUCCACUUGGAAUCCUUGGGAAAACAGCACCGCAAUUCCUCCCAUUGUCAACACAACAUGGAGCCCUUGGCCCAAUACUACUUGGAGCCCCUGGCCCAAUACAACCUGGAGCCCCUGGCCCAAUACAACAUGGAAUCCCUGGCCCAAUACAACCUGGAGUCCUUGGCCUAAUUCCACCUGGAAUCCUUGGGAAAACAGCACCGCAAUUCCUCCCAUUGUAAGCACAACAUGGAGCCCUUGGCCCAAUACUACUUGGAGCCCAUGGCCUAAUACAACAUGGAACCCCUGGCCUAAUACAACCUGGAACCCCUGGCCUAAUACAACAUGGAACCCCUGGUCUAAUACAACCUGGAGCCCAUGGUCUAAUUCCACCUGGAAUCCUUGGCCAAAUACAACGUGGAGCCCAUGGCUUAAUUCAACUUGGAAUCCCUGGCAGAACAGUACCGCCGAACCACCCAGUGUAAAUAGCACAUGGAACCCCUGGCAAAACACUACCUUAAGUCCAGUACAAAAUCUCACAACUACCUCACCACCUUUACUUAACACUACCUGGAGUCCAGUUCAAAACACUACUGGCAAUAUUAAUAAUAUAACAACAACAAUUGCCACAGACUCACCUAAUAAUGAGGCUAACCCAGAUACAUGGUGGGGCAAGAUAUGGCAAAAAAUUAAGUCAAUCUUUUAAAUAAUUUAAAGACAUUAGUUAAAACUUUGUAUAUAGUAGAUAAAUCAAAUUAAACAUGAGAGCAUUAUAAAAAUUAAAAAAAAAUAUAUAUAUUAACAACAA